AUGGAACUCAAAGCUCUCUCCAGCAAUUGGAAAAAGCUCCAGGAGACUUUGAAGAAGGACGUCUCCACUGUCCCCGCACCAAAGCGCAAACGGUCCGAUCGCGAAACCCAGAAUGAUCUAGUGAAGAAACGGAAAACCGCCGCAGAAGCAGGAAAGGCAAAAGGGACUCCACAAACUAUACGGACCUUGAAGAAACGGAAAAGAAUGUCUCAGGGGGCUACAGGUGGCGAUACUAGUGCUGCCCAGAGUCCCACUCUGGUAGUUUCGAAAGAAAACGAAGGUCGCUCUCCAACCGUUGAGAUAGGCAAAUACAUUGCGAUGGAUUGCGAGAUGGUUGGAAUCGGCCCAAACCCAGAUGACGACUCUGCCCUUGCCCGGAUCAGUAUCGUGAACUACAACGGCGACCAAGUAUACGAUUCAUAUGUGCGACCUAAAGAGAUGGUCACAGAUUGGCGGUCACACGUCAGCGGCAUACUUCCGAAGCACAUGGUGGAAGCUCGGUCAUUAGAGCAAGUGCAGAAAGAGGUCGCGGAGAUUCUUGAAGGUCGGAUACUGGUUGGACACGCUCUCCGGAAUGAUUUAGAUGCACUUCUUCUCAGUCAUCCCAAGCGCGACAUUAGAGACACCAGCAAGCACCCCCCGUACCGCAAAAUCGCCGGUGGGGGAUCUCCUCGAUUGAAGAUCCUAGCGUCGGAGUUCCUCGGGUUGGACAUACAAUCUGGCGCCCAUUCUAGUGUGGAGGAUGCGAAGGCCACAAUGCUGCUGUACCGGCGGGAUAAGGAUGAGUUUGAACGAGAACAUCUGAAGAAAUGGCCAGUCCGAGUAGUGUCGGAGAGCAAAGAAAAUGGAGGGGAUGAGAAGAAAAAGAAAAAGAAGAAGAAGAAGACGCGCAAGAGGUGA